AGCCUCGCGUACCGACGGCUGGAGGCACGUACUCCGGCUCCGGCUCCGGCUCUCGCUUCAGAGGAUGCUGCGCGCCCAGGAUGCUGCCGCGCCUGGUAGUGCCGCUGGCGGCGCUCCUUAGCCUGCGCUUCGUCUCCCGUGCGCAUGAACUGCCCAAGCCUCCAUCUGCGUGGUUUGCAGCAGAAUUCUUCCACCACGUCCUCCAUUGGACACCUAUCCCAAAUCAGUCUGAAAGUACCUACUAUGAAGUGGAGCUCCUGAGGUAUGGAGAAAAUCUCUGGAAGCCUAUCCCCAACUGUAGCCAGACCCCGAUGCUGUCCUGUGAUCUCACCAUGGCGACCCUGGACCUGUAUCACAGCAGUGGUUACCUAGCCAAAGUCCGGGCAGUGAACGGAAGCCAGUGCUCCAACUGGACCCAUCCCAAAACCCGCUUCACCAUGGAUGAAGUGACACUGACAGUUGGCAGCGUGAAGCUGGAGUUGUACAGCGGUGUCAUCCGUGGGACGAUCCACCCCCCCAGGCCCAGCGUGGCCCCUGCAGGCGACACAUACGAAAGCAUCUUCCCACACUUCCGCGAGUACACAAUUGAGGUUCGCAAGGUACCAGAACCCAGUAAGUUACAAGAGAAGAAGGUAAAACAUGAAAACUUCAGCCUCCAAAUCCCAGGAGGGCUGGGAGAGUUCUGUGUCAGGGUGAAACCGUCUGUUGGCUCCCGAGUGAAUAACGGGAGCUGGUCCAAGGAGGAGUGCAUCACGCUAACCCCACAGUAUUUCACCGUGACCAACCUCAGCAUCUUUUUCAUCUUCGUCCUGCUGCUCUACGGAACCUUGGCCUACUGCCUGGCCCUCCAGCUGUACGUGCGGCGCGGGAGGAAGCUGCCCACCGUCCUGGUCUUCAAAGAGCACGGUCCCUUCAGCUUCACCAGCCAGCUUUCCUGCCCAGAGACCCAGGACACCAUCCAUCCCCUCGACGAAGAGGCCUUCCCCAAGGUGUCCGCAGAGCUGAGGAACUCGGAGCUGCACGGCAGCACAGACAGUGGCUUUGGCAGUGCCAAGCCAUCCCUGCAGACCGAUGAGCCCCAGUUCCUCCUCUCUGCCCCCCACCCCCAGGCUGGGGGGACUCUUGGAAAGGGGGCACCCCCGUCACUGGAGAACAGCUGUGGCAGUGGCAGCAGCAGCAGCACAGACAGCGGGAUCUGCUUAAGGGAGCCCAGCCUGAGUCCUGGCACGGAGCCCAGCUGGGAGCCGCAGGUGGGGAGUGACAGCCCGGACCCGGAUGACAGUGGCAUUGGCCUGGUCCAAAACUCUGAAAGACAGCCUCAGGAUGUGCCAGGUGGCUCUGCUUUAGGCCAUGGCAGUCCCCAGGGGCCUGAGGGGCCUGCAGAAGAAGGCCCAGCUGCAGGGGCGUUCCAGGGCUACCUGAAGCAGACCAGAUGCACAGAGGAGAAGGCAGCCAAGUCAGGCCUCCUGGAAGAAGAGUCCUCUUCAGCAGAUGGCCUUGGCCCCCAGUUCAGGAUGUGCCUAGGUACUGAGAUGGGCUGGCCUCUACCAGCCCUGGCCAAGGGCUAUAUGAAACAGGAACCCCCAGAAAUGCCUCUUGCUCCCUCCGGGGACCCAGCUGGACCAUGGAACCAAUCAAUUGAAGAAUGGUCACUCCUGAGCUUAACCAGCUGUGGUGAGCACAGAACGUCUGACUGGAGUUUUGCCCAUGACCUUGCCCCUAGGGACCCUGUGGCCACCCCAGGCUGUCUCCUGGACAACUUUGACUCAGACAUGGGCGCCCUGCCACUGAUCUCCAGUCUGCUCACGAAUGAGUGAUUCAGGCUAAGGGGCUGCGUUUGGUUUCAGCUACACUCUGCCCCGACCAGGAGGAGAGGCCCUGGGAGACAGACGUGAAACACAGGGCCAACCUGGGCACUUUUCUGCAAGCCCAGUGGGACCAGCACUAGCCAGACCCAGUAGGUGUUCCGGGCAGGAAGAAGCGAUUGCACUAAGUUAGCACAGGGUACUUGGAUGGCACUGGCCUGGUUUGCCCACUCUGGCAGAGCUGAGAAGGGCAGGGCAGAGACCUCCUCCCUCCUCGUCCCUUUCUGUAUGGUAAAGGAUUAUUUGCUCAGGGGAAUCAUGGGGACUUGGGGAGUCAUGGUGAGGCCACCAGGCUGAAGUCAGCUCAGAGAGCCAAGCCUCCCCCUUUAGGAUGAAGCAUGGAGCUUCUGGAUGAAGGAUGGAGGGCUGGGAGGAUGGAGGUUUCAGGGUCUUGGUUCAGGGGCCAUUUCUAGGGGGAAAGGGAGAGAGCAGGGGCUGGAGGGAGCUGAGACCCAGAAGGUCUUCUGGCUCAGAACCCACCCUCUGGGGAUGUUUCGUGCCCAUCUGCUGACAGCUCCCUCUUUUGAGCAAAUAGCACGCAUCUCCCUGGGACACUUGGAGUGGUCAAGCCACUCACUAGCCUCACCCUGCUGCCCCACCGUCUUGAUGACAGUACCAGAGAAACCAUGUGAGUUUGUGCUGGUCCAGACUCAGCCCUUCAGGGUCUGAAGUGGCCUCUGAGCUCAGUCACCACCUCAUCUGCCCAAGAGGGUCAAGGUCGGGACCUACGCUUGGGUUUGUGGCUAACGUCCAGCUACAGACCCACAGGACAGGGCCCAUGGGCUAGACCCUCUGUUCUCCCAGUAAUCAGCUGUGUGACCUUGGACCAGCCAUGUCUCAAAGGGCCCCAGGUACCCCAUCUAUGAAAUAAGGACUCAGUCUCUAAAGGGCCCUCCAUGCUGGAUGUCAGCCAAGCCAAGCUGACUUCUGGGAUGACACUUCCAACCCCUUCUGCCCCGGGGCUGGGAGGAAGUGGACUGCAGGACCCACGUCUGCACAGAGCCAGCUGCUUUCUCAGGCUGAGGGCUAACAGGUCUAGCUGGAGUCCAUGGCAUCAUGCUGAGACAGCUGCCGGAUCCUGGGCCCGGAAAGGGGGCACUGCUUCCCCACAGUCAGUUUGGAAUCUGUCUUCAAAGCCACUUUACAGUCCAUGGGCAGGGAAGCUGGGAGGGGUGACAGGUCUGGGGUAUACCUCCCUGAGUCAUGCCUUAGCCCCACGUCCUCCGGGGCAUCCUGGGAACAGACAUCAGGCUCAGGGAAUCCAGCCAGAACCCCUUCCACUCUUCCAAGAAGCUUGUAGGUGCCAGUCUGAUAACUCCCUCUGGAACCAGGUUUGAUGGAGGGUCCCUCUGCAUUUCCUAGGAAGGUUUAUUUAUUUGUUCUGUUCAUUUAUUUAUUGAAGAGGCCACGUAGUAUAGUGAAAGAAUUCUGGAUAUUUCCAGGGCCUAGGAGUUCUAAUUCCAAUUUCAGUUUCUAGCUAUGUGACCUUGGGAAAGUAACUUUUCCUCAUCUGUGAAAUCAGAAAAUGUUGCCUGACUCGUUUCAUUCAUAGGGAUGUGAGGUUCCACUAAGGACGUGGAUGUGAAUGUGCCUUGAACACAAAGCUCUGUAAAUGAGUGGUGUGUAUUUUCCCUCCCAAUAAAGUGUCAGGACCACAGGAA